AUGACAACCGACUCGCCAACCCACAAUUCCGUCCCGACUUCGCCAACCCACGAUUCCGUCCCGACUUCGCCAUCAGUGGCUACGAGGCUCGAGAAGCCACGUGUAUGGAGCGUCUCAGUCUUUGUGACAGUGAUCACCAUCGCACUCAGUGGAGCCACCUACGGCCUCGAGAACUCGCUCAUGAGCCCGCUCUCCGCCAUCCCCGAGUUCGUCAAGAAGUAUCAGGGUCUCAAUCACGCCACACGCGACUAUACCUUUACGGCCAACCGCCAAUCGAUGAUCUUUGCUAUUCCUCUUAUUGGCACUAUCAUUGGGGCCAUCAUUUCACCUAGACUGCAAAGCAGGCUCGGCCGCAAGUGGUCGCUAUGCGCUGCUUACAUGUUCAGCAUCCCUUCCACACAGUUGCAGCUUUGGGCACCCAAUCUUGGCGCCUUCAUCAUGGGCCGCCUGAUGAACGGUCUUGCCUACGGUUGCGCUCUCUCCAUCGGACCUCUCUACCUGGCAGACGUAGUGCCAACAAGCAUCCGUGGCGGCGCUGUGGCUACAUCCAACUUGCUCACCAUCCUUGCCAACUUGUUGGCAGCUGUCUGUUGCUGGGCGACCAAGAAGAAUUACUCAGAUGACCGAACGUACAAGGUGCCUCUGGCGGUUCAGGCUGGCUUGCCGUUCCUCUUGCUGUUUCCAACCCCUUUCCUACCAGAAUCACCGGUCUGGUGCGUUCAGAAAGGCCGUAUUGGUCAAGCACGCAUGGCCCUUAAACGAGUACGUCCGGUCUCUGAUGCUGAGAUCGAGGAAGAGCUGCAUGAGAUCGUGCGCGCCGAGCAGGAGCGUAACAACCUGUCAAAGGACACCAAGUUCACCGACAUCUUCAGUCGCAAGCACCUGAUGCGGACCGUCGUUGCAGGCUCUUUCUUCUCGCUCAAUCAGGUCAGCGGUGUCAUUCUGAGUACCACCUACGCCACCAUCUUCCUAUCGCAGCUCAAAUUGGGAAGUCCAUUCCUUUUCACCGUCUACGCAUACGUCUGCCAGCUGAUUGGUGCUGCAUUGGCCAUUGUUGCGCUCGAGAAAGUGGGUCGACGUUCGCUUGCCUUGCCCGGGUUCGUCAUUCUGACAGUGAUCGAUUUCACAGCGGGCUCGCUUGCCUUUUACGCUGGCAAUCCAAACGUUGCCAAGACCAUUGGUGCUCUGGGCAUGAUUUUCAACUUUUUCUGGACACUAUGCUUCUACUCAAUCUCGCUGCUGAUGCCCUCGGAACUUCCGACGCAGAGGCUGAGGAACUACACAAUGUCAUAUGCGAUCGGAUGGGGUCAGUUGACGGCGGUGGUAACUACGCUCUCACUACCCCAGAUCACAGCAGCCGAUGCUGGUGACCUCGCCGCCAAAUCCUAUCUCAUAUUUGGUGGAUGCAUGCUUGUAAUCACCAUUCUUGCCUUCUUUCUGCUGCCGGAAACUCGGGGAAGGACAUUCUUCGAGAUCGAUCAGCUCUACGUUAACCAUGUUCCUGCAUGGCGAUGGUCCAAUUACGAGUUCAGCAGCAGCUUGACCUCGUCUGAGCAUACAUCGUUACAUCCCCGCAGCGACUCGCAUGCUGUCGGUCUAGUCAGUGUCGAUAAGAAGGACGAGUGUCACAUCUCCACUUCUGAGUCGUCUCAGUCCAAGUCAAACUAG